AUGCGGUUCCUUCGAAGGCAAACACGUCGUUUUCGCUCCACCUGGCAGCACUUGCUCCCGCGCCGAUUCCACCGUUGGAAACUCCAUACCAAAUUGGUCCUGUUUUGCGUCUCCUUCACCGUGUUUUUCAAUAUGUUAUACGGAGUCUAUCUCGGUCGCUUUUCCUUCAGACGCAAAAAGUUUGUCUUUUCCAAAGGAGUUACCAUUUACAGUUUUAUUGUGGCGUCUACUUUUGGAGUUUACUACAUCUGGAAUAUUUAUAAAGAAGUUUCUACGGGUCAGAUUAGCAGAAGGCACACCAUUGGCAUAUAUUGCUAUAUGAACGUCUUUGUAUGCCUGUUUAACUACUUAAUACAGUGGGAAAAAACAUUACAGAUAAUCCGACUCCAGAACAGUGUGCCUUUAUUUAAGGUCCUGGAUUCGCUGGACAUAUCGGUGAUGACUGUGUGGCGGGCAUUUAUGUACAGCAUUCUCAAGAUCCUUAUUUGCCCACUAAUCGGGUAUAUAACUUUGAUUCUAUACCAAAUGCGGGUGCAGCCGGACCACCAGUGGACGAGUUUGGCGACUGCAAGGACCAUGUUCCCCCUUAUACUAUCGAACCAAAUAAACAACUGCUUUUUUGGAGGCCUGGUAAUUGCCAAUAUAAUAAUAGCCGCUGUCAAUAAUAAGUUACACGGCAUAGUCAAGGAGGUCAACAUGCUGCAGUCACCUGCUCAAAUGAAUCUCCAAAAGCCCUAUUACCGGAUGCGCCGUUUCUGUGAAUUGGCCGAUAACUUAGACGAAUUGGCCGAGAAAUAUAGGGUCACUGCGGGCUGCUCGAAGAAUUACCUUAGAUUUACGGACUGGUCCAUGGUUCUUUCGUUGUUAAUUAACCUUAUCGGCAUCACCAUGGGAUUCUACAAUCAGUACUUGGCCAUUGCGGAUUACUACAUCAAUGAGGAGCCCUUCGAUCUUUUUCUGGCCAUAAUUCUUCUGGUAUUCCUAGCUGUUCCCUUCUUGGAACUCGUCAUGGUGGCUCGGAUUAGUAAUCAAACGCUUCAGGAGACCAGGAGAACUGGUGACCUCUUGCAACAAUUUGAUCUCCAGCAUGCCGAUGCCCGUUUCAAGCAAGUGGUUCAUGCUUUUUGGCUGCAGGUCGUCACCAUUGAUUGGAAACUAGAGCCCCUGGGUCUCCUGGAACUCAACACCUCGUUGGUCAAUACGGUUUUCUCGGCCGUCACUGGUUUUCUAUUAAUUCUUAUUCAAAGUGAUUUAACGCUGAGAUUUUCUCUAAAAUAG